CUGGGUCCACUGAGACGCGGCUCUAAGUCCGGUUUUAUUAUAUAUAUUUAAUAGAACCAGAUUUAUUAGAUUACGUACAAAUGUAGUUGAAAGUUCAUCGUCAUAGUGGUUUGCAAGAUUGCGAUACAAAAUGGAAACUUCAAUAAAGUUGGAAGAAUCCACUACAAUAAAAGUUGAAGAACUUAUUAUAACCGAUGUCUCACAUGUAAAGAGUGAAUUAAUCGACACUAAUGGAUACUCCUGUGAAACUACACUGCCGACGACCUCCGGAGAUAGGACACCGGUUGUGAAACAAGCAUCCGCUGCAAAAGACAUCAUCGAUGAAGUAACAGAGACGGCUCCUGCUGCAGCAGCUGAUAAAGACGAUACAACUGACGGUCUCUGCAACUCGCACGCUUUGGAAGCGGAUCCUCCUUCUGGUAGUGGCAGUCAACCGAAGCACACUUGCGACAUCUGCGGCGCAUCAUACAAGUCACUUAGUGGUUUACACUAUCACAAAAAAAUCCACACAUCCACAUCCGUUGAUCCAAAACCCUACAAAUGUGACCAGUGUAGUUCUCGAUUCACUCAAAAGUGUGGUCUUAAUUUUCACAAAAAGCAACACUUAUCGCUGUUCAAUUGCGUUUUAUGCAGUAAAACUUUCACGUUAAAUCGAACACUGAAGGUUCACUUCGUUACAGAACAUAUGUCGAAAAGGAAUUUCAAAUGCGACAUUUGCGGUAAUGAAUCAUUCAGG